ACAAAUUAAAGAAUACAUUCCUAUUCUUUUAUUUCUCACAUAUGUAUGUCUAUUUAUUUCUGUAUCUAAUCUUUACAGUGUUCCUAUUUUUUUAUGAACAUACUUUGUAAUUAGUUUAAUUUUUAUUUACCUAAUUUUUUUUUACUGAAUGUCUUCAAUUUGUUCCAACUGGCCAUAAUUUCGAUAACGAAUAAUAUAAAAGCUUGAUGUAAAUCCUCUACUAAACACAACAGUUUCAAUCAUUCUAACGUCACCAUCAUUUCAUUUUAUAGAAAUAAUAAUUAAUCAAAUUGAACCUACAAAAUUUGACAACAGUAAAAUUUCAAUUUAUACAGUUUUUUGGUAUUAAAACAAAAUUAAAAUAAAUAUGGGCAUCACUGUAGAAAUACAAGCAAGUAAAUCUAAAGAAUCGAGUAUAAUUAAUGCUGAAGGUGAAGAAACUCGUAUUAUAUCUGACGAAGAUAUAAAAGCAUUUGGAAUAACAGAAGACGAAUUGAAAGCCGCUGUAAGCAGUUACAUGGGACAAGAGCCUGAUGAUGUUUAUCUACGGAGUCCAACACCAUGGGGUGAUUUGUAUAAAUCUUAUAAUAAACCAGAAGUCACAACAUCCGUGAGAGUAUUUAGUUCUAAGUUAUUGGAAGUUAGUAGUAAGCCAACCGUGGUCAGGACGGUGAAAUGGGAAAAUCACAUGCAAAAUCGCCUUCGUGAUCAUCAAACUAUUGAGAAAACGGUUAAGAAUACUGUGUCAUCAAAAUGGUCUGAGAAUACUGAAAUAAAAUUAGGACAGAAAAUUAAUUAUAAAGUUGGUCCUGUUGGUGGCGAGACAAGUAUUGAUUACACGAACUCGUGGGGUAAAGAUCAUUUUAAAGAGGAUGUUGUGGCAGUAAAAUCAACAAUUUCUGCGAGUGUUACUAUUAGACCUAAUCAACGUCUUUACUUACAUCUAGUGUCAUCAAAAGAUGUAUUGGAAGCUGAAAUUGUUCAUGAAGCAAGUUUGGACGGUGUGGUUGCAGUUAAUUACAGUGAGCCGUAUAAAGGUCAUCAUUUUUAUUUUCUACCGAUUGAUGCUGUUAUGAAACAGGCUGGUAUCAGUAAUUCUGUUAAAACUACGGAAAGAAUUGAAGCUGGAUUUCAUGGUUAUACUGAAAUCAUUGUUAGCGAGGAUCCAGAAUUAAUAGAUUCGAAAAAUUGACCCUUCUUAUCAAUGAUAACACUCGAAAAAAGUUUAUCCGUUUUAUCUUUCAAAAAUGGAAAUCGAUAUUCAUAAAACUAAUAAAAAACUACUAUGUUUGUAAUUAAUAACUAGUAUACAAAUGUAUCAGUAAUAAAACGUACACUAUUUGAAGUUCACUUGCUUACAAAAUUAUUUCUCCUGAAAUAGCGGCUGAGGCAGCGCGAAAUAGCCUUUAUAUCUUUAUAUAACGUCAAAUCAAAACAUAUAGUGCAUUAUCAUCAAAAAUUCUUCUGAAGUUCAUUUAGUUAGCAUCAA